AUGUUCAACCUCAUUGCUAUCAAGGACACGGUGCCCGUCGCGCCAAAGACGUUCGGUUUGAGCGCAGGGACUACGAUCCACGACGCGCUCAACAAGAAGUUUGCGAACAAGCUCAUCCAAGAACGAGGACUCGCGCUUUCAGUCUAUGACAUUCUGACUGCCGAGGACGGACGUGUGACGUGGGGGAAUGGACAGAUGUACUACAAAGUGUCCUUUCGUCUGCUCAUGUUCGCCCCUUUCGUCGGCGAGGUCAUUGUCGGCAAGGUGCUGAGCACCACUCCAGCAUAUAUCCGAGUGUCGCUUGGCUUUUUCAACGACAUUUACAUCCUGCGGAGUCUCCUCCCUCCCAACUGCGCCUAUGAUGACCACGAGAAUCGUUUCUUUUGGUACCCCGGAGACGACGGACCUCCCCUGGAUGAGGCUGGGUUGCAGAACACGCUCAAGGCUGAGCGCUUCUAUUACGACUCUGGAGAGCCCAUCCGCUUCCGCGUCGACUCGAUCGAGUGGCACGAAAGCGAGCCUGGACCACCUACAGCACCAAAGCCCGUGGAUCCCAACGCUCCCGAGGACAAGCAGCCUGCGGACGAGGACAAUGACCCGUACGACAAGGCCGGAUACCGUAUCAUGGCCGCUGUUUCGGAGCAGGGACUGGGACUUAUGAGCUGGUGGGGCGAGGGCGGCGAGGAGGAGGGCGAGGAGAUGGAAGAGUAG